GUGAAUACUUUGAGAGAAUCUAGAGCGAAUGCAUUAAAAACAGUGAACGAACAGAAAGAUCAAAUUUUACAGUUACAGUCAGAGCUCAACCAAUCAAAUCAAAGACUUAAAAUGACCAAAACUAAUGUUCAGAAAUUAACAAGUGAACUAGAGAAGGUACAGAAAGAACGAAUAGAGCUAGAGAAUCAGCUGACAGUAGGUCUACGAGAUGAUUCCUUGUCCACUGGUUCCGGUCUUAUUUCAUCUCUAACUGAUAAACAUCAUACAGAACAGGAAUGGAAAACUCUCGAACAUAAAAUAAAG